UAAAUCAACUUUAGUUCCUAUUGUUGAUCCAGUCUGGCGUAACUCCGCAGACGCGUCUCCUUCUUUCCUGAGUUCGGGGGGUUUAUGAUGAGUUUUAGACCCGAGUGAGGUUCGGUUUGCUGCAGCCUUUAUUUGUUUGUUUUUCUGGUGUUUUUUCUCUUUGCGGCUCAGAGCAGGCCGGGUUUACUGUAGAGAGACUGACGGUGCGAGUGUUUCUCUCGCUAUGGCCGAGCCGCGUUGUUUUCAAACCCAGCUGAACUCCAUCAUGGAGAUCAUGAGCAGAGCGGUCGUGAGACAAAUCUGUAAAAUCGUAGACAGCGACUUGGCGUCUUUACGACUGGAGCUGGAGCGCGCGCUUCACGAUAACGCGGCUCUCGGGGACAAAAUGCGCGUGCUCGAGAGCGAAGUGGAAACUCUGCGGAAAGCGAGAGCGCGCGCGCCGCGGAAGAGCUGCCGGUCUGUGUGCAUUCAGACUUCAGAAGAUGCUCCACCAUCCAUUAACGGCAUCUUCGGGAAGGAGUGGUGCUCCAGUCUGUGGGACGGGAGGCCCAGGACAGAAGAGGAGGAAGCCGAGGUGGAGCCGGAUGUGUCCGAUGAGCCUGAAAACGAUGACGACAGGAACGUGCGUGCUAUCAAAGAGGAGGUUUCUGAACAAGAAAUCUGCAUCAUCAAUCCAACAUCAGCGACCCGAAGAAAGACAUCAUCAGAUCGUUGUGACAUAUCAGAAGAAAUGGCCAAUGAUGACGACAUACGCUUCAUCUCCUCAGGGUUUCCGGAGACCUCCGACGCCGACACCAUGGCGCCGGAUUCCCCAAGCGCCGCUGCCACGAAGCUCAUAUCUAUGGACGGCACUGUUCAGCAUGUCAUAGUGUCAGGCGACGAUGACGACAACGACAAUGACGAAGAUCAUCAGUUGGAGUUUGAGCAGCACUGCAUGCCCAUUGAGUUUAUGGAGGGUGACCGAGGAGAAGCCGCAGCAUUUGAGAGACAGGACAAGGUGGAGCAGGAGGUAGUGCAGGACAUUUUAACCGACUCGGAGUACAUGUCCGGCUCAGGUGGAAGCAGUGGUCACGUUUUUAAUUACUUCGACAGAUUCAAUAUACAUCACCGACCCGGCCCAGGCAACAACUCGGGCAAGACGGACUUCGCCUGUCCUGAGUGUGGUAAGACGUUCCUGAGAAGGAACGGCCUCACGUUGCACAUGAAAAGUCACCAGAAGCAGAACGCGCACGCGUGCUGCACCUGCAAGGUCGUCUUCCCGCAAAAGAACCUCCUCCGAACACACAAGUGUGUGCCUCUGGAAAAACCGCCGGCCAAAACGGCGGACAUGAGGUUCCGCUGCGAGCUGUGCGGCAAAUAUUUUCACUCCCGAGCCAACCUGAAGGUCCACUACGUCGUGCACACGGGGGAACGGCCUCACACGUGCAGCUUCUGCGGAAGAGGGUUCUCGCAGAAAGGAAACCUGACCACUCACGAGCGCAUCCACAAGGGGGAGCGGCCGUACGUGUGCACCAUCUGCGGAAAAAGCUUCACUCAGAAAGGCAACCUGACUCACCACCUGGCUAUUCAUAGCAAGCUAAACGGCAGAAUGAGGAACUCUGUUGAAAAAUGGCAGUGACUUAUUAUUAUUAUUAUUAUUAUUAUUUGCAUUAAGUCUAACACAAACUGUCCUGCUUUCAUCUCUGGAAUGGAAGUUUAGUCAAAUUUUAUUUCCUUUUCUCUUUGUCAGUUUUAUCGAGUCUCGUGUUUUUAUGCUACGUUUUUAACGCCAAAAUGUUACAAGAAACUAAAGUGAGAAUUUUGUAGAACUAAUGCCUGAGCCACACUAGAAGACAAUGCGGCUGAUUCUUGCAGCUGGUUCGUCUUGAUUUUAGGCUGGUCGUAAACAAUUGUGGGCGUGGACCGUGUGUUUAAACACAAUGUACAGAAAAACACACUUCCUGCACAGGUGAUGCUCAUCUGGCGUUCACAAACAGUGUGAUGUCACUCCAGAGCAUCAUGUGGAGGCUUCUCUUAUUGUAAACAAGCCUGGGAUUAAUCCUUAAUCAUCGCAUACCCCUUUUCCACCAAAUCAGUUCCAGGGCUGGUUCGGGGCUGGUGCUGGUUCACAACUCGUUCAACUUGCGAGCCAGCUGAGAACCAGUUUGCUUUUCCAUAGCUCGCGGUGCUAAGGGAAGCCACGUCAUUACGUCGCUGUAUACGUCAGUUACGUCGCUAUGUUUGCAUAAACCUUGGCACGAAUAUCGAAGCAAAAACAACACGGAAGAAGCAGCAGCAACAACAACAAUAAUAAUAAUAAUGGAUGACUUCGCAUUUGUACAGCUGCUGCUUCUCGUCGCUUAAAAAUGGCGACCUUUCACGGUCUUGUUAUUGUUGUUGGUCUUAACAACUCGGCCCCCCGCUGACGUAAGCGGUUCUUUCCUCUGGCCCAGCAGAAAGUUGGUGCUAGCCUGGAACCGUUUUUUCUGGCCCCAGAGCCAGUUCUUUGUCAGUGGAAACAGAAAACCCGGUUCCAAACUAAGCACUGGCCCCGAACCAGCCCUGGAACUGCUUUGGUGGAAAAGGGGCGACAGAUGAAGCACUUCUUAACGAGGGCCGAUACAAAGCUCGUUGACUUGCGAAGGUGGUUUUGUGUUCACGCAAUCUUCCAAGAUGAUGUACCGGUAAUCUCUGCCUCGCAGUAACAAACCAGUCACCUUGUUGGUUACCAGAAAUAUGAGCAUGAUCAGUCUUAACGCAAGAUGUUUGCUUUGUUAAAACAUAAGUCAUUUCCAUAGAUCUCGUACAGUAUGACUUCCUCACACAUUUGAACUUUGACCUCAAGUCCAUCUUUGAAGCAUUAUCAUGUCAGUCUAGUUUAUGAGCUUCUCUCCAUUUAAGUACCAUAUAACUGAAAAGAUCUGCCUGGGAGUGGCACCAAGAUGGCCGUGGCACCAAGAUGGCCGCUGAGUAGCUCUUAACUCCUCUAAUCUCCACGGCUCAGUCUGGUUUAAAAUCAUAAAUGUUCUUGGGUUUCACGUGACGUCACAUCCGCCUCAUUAGUUAUUCAGAACUUUAGCUGGUGGGCUACCGAAGCUCAGUUGACAAAGCGUUUGUACGGAGAAGGUGCAUUGCUCACUCGCAUGAAAAACACCUUACGCUUGCGUUGUUUUAGGUCGCUCGAAUCGAUCAAACCGUGAAACUGAUAAAAGUUUCUUCAGGGUUCCCCGUGAACUAAUAAAAAAGGGUGAACGAACACAGGAUUUCACAAAAAGACGUCGAGAAAGGUGGCUUUCGAACCUCUCUGUGAACUCGAAGGGAGUCGAGUCGAAGCAUGCUCGAGUUUCACUUGGUGAAGGGUUUGUAUUUCCCUCUCAGCUCUGUCCUUAGGGUUUUCCAAGUACAAUUUUCUUGCUAUGCGUCGUUAUUUUACGGUACUUUUUUUUAGCCACGAAGCGCUAAAGUCCCCAGCUGUUUCUUUGUUCACUCCUCACAAAGUCCGUAUGCAUGAAGGUCGCGACAAAAUUCUUCCCCAGCCGUACAGUUACAAUGUGCUGUGAUCACUACUUCUUCUCCGUCUUGUUUAACGAAGAUCCAGGUCUUUAAAGGGGUUUCUGAUGAUCUUUGUGAAUGAUUUAGCUGAGAGAUACAGUAAGAGCCAACACAAGUGAGAAUCAAGCCAACUGUUUGUUUACACUUCAACUUGCAGCGCUUCGUUGUAAAGACGUGAACGAAAAUCUUUAAAAAAAUACUUACACGGGCAAAAACGAUACAGGAUUCAUUCGGCAGCGACGUGAUAGCGAGGUCCUUUACCCAGCCACGUACAAAAAAAAGGCGUAAGCCUCCAUACUCUUCCAUCUGUUUUGCGGUGUAGAAGGACGUCUGCAACACCAGAUAGUUUGAGAUGUCGGGGAACUCGACUGAAGGGUAGUUUUCGAGAUCGUAUGACAAAUCCUUCUUUCCCAGACUGUCGGGGUCGAUUCCAUUGCACAUAGCAAUCUUCUGGAUAUAUCUAAAGCCAGCAGCGGCUUCUAGAUUACGAGCGUACUCUGAUAAGUUAUCGCUAAUUGUUUGCACUACGGCAGCCGUUGUGGUUUGCCAGACCACCAGUUGUUUUACCGGAAGUGAAUUCGCUAAGAAAAGUCACGUGACUGAAACCCAAGAAUUGAAUAUAUUCCAUGGUGUAGGAGUUCCACACCAACGGAGCUAAUAUCUCGUCAUCUGAAAUCAUGAGGUCCGAUGUUCUGACAGUCAGGAUCUUUCGUGAUUCAGGAGCAUAACCUGAAAGCGUGUGGUGGUUUAUUCUGGUAGAACGUUCCAGAACAAAAACUAAAACAUUAUACUGUAUGUCCUUUAUAUGCACGUAUCUGGCAUCUCUCACACUUUUUAACAUCAGUUAGGAUGGUAUAAAUGUUGUAGUGUGGCCCAGGCAUAAAGCUUUAACCUCAGCAUCUCGUUUCUAGUUCAUAUGUCAGUACUUAAUCUCAAACUACACUUGUUUAAAAAAAAAAAAGAAAAGAAAAAAAACCUUUGAAUUUGCAUUAGUAGUAUGGAUUUUCUGUACCAACUUUAAAUAUAUGAUGUAUUUUAGAAAAA